UCGGUCAUACUGACCCAAUCAGGUGAAAGCUACGUUGGAACAAUCGCGCGAUAAGUUUAAUGACUGAUUAGUUAACCAGCGGCGAUCGACGAGGUGAAAGUUCAAGCAGCCCCACAAUGUCAUCAAAGGCAGUCAAGACAAGCAAACCGGGAGCCUCCAAGGAGCCGUCGGCACUCACCAAGCUCUACCUGUUUGCAUACAACGCCGGCCAGGUGGUUGGGUGGAGCUACAUCCUGUGGCAGCUGGCCAACUAUUACCUUCUGCAGGGACCCGAGUUCCGGGCGAAGGUCACGCUAUGGGAGUACACUCGGCUGGCCGUGAUUAUCUUCCAAAACGCCGCCUUCGUGGAGAUCCUUAACGCUUCCUUCGGUCUAGUCAAGUCCAACCCGGUGGUCACUGGAUUCCAGGUGUUCAGCCGCAUGAUGGUUGUGGUCGGCGUGGUUAUGGCCACGCCCACGGGCAAAGUGUCACCCGGUCUGCCAAUUGCCCUGCUGGCCUGGGCCAUCACCGAGAUCAUCCGUUACGGUUACUAUGCCCUCAACAUCAUUAAGGUGGUACCACAUUUCGUGGUCUUUUUGCGCUACACCACCUUUAUUGCCCUGUAUCCAAUCGGCGUGACUGGGGAGCUGCUGUGCUUCUGGUGGGCCCAGAGCUACGCCCGCGAGAACAGCGUGUGGAGCGUGGUGAUGCCCAACAAGUGGAACGCUACCUUCUCGUACUUCGGAUUCCUGUGGAUCGUCAUGCUGGGCUACAUUCCCAUCUUCCCACAACUGUACCUGCACAUGUUUGCCCAGAGGCGCAAGAUCCUUGGCGGAGGAGCACCAAGCGGUGCGGCCAAAGCGAAAGCUAACUGAACCUUGACCAGCGGCGAUGCAAAUUAUUGCAUCAUUUGCAUAUCUUUGGCCGUCGCACUUUGGAGCCGUUUUCGCUUUUUGGGGUCGCUCUUACCUCACCUCUUGCACAAGCACAUUCGUUCGGACUAAGCUUAGUUAUAAGUGGUUUUGUGAACACAAAUAAACCUAGAUACUCUUCAAACUAA